AAACUUAAGAUAAGUGAUGAUACCCAACGUACAUGUGGCAUCCAUUGAUUUUCCAAACUUUGUAUGAAUCUGUCAGCAUUCAGGCCUAGAUCUUCCCCAACUUCUUCCAUUCUCUCACACAUACACACACUCUCCCUCUCUCUCUCUCUCUCUCUCUCUCUCUCUCUCUCUGCCUCCCUGCUCUGCAAACAAAAACUAUCAAGAAUGGCGCUUUCUCUUAGAUUGCACAACCUUCUCUCACCCACCUUCAGACCCAAACCAGCAUCAGUUUCAAAUGCCUCCCUCUCUCCUCCAAACCCAUCUCUCUCUCUCCUCUUCUCUCCUCUCCCACACCUCCCUCUCAGAACCUCACACUCCCUCACCAUUAAAGCCACCUCCUCCUCCUCCCCUUCUUCUCCAACAACGGUUGCUGAUCAACAGGGCAUCGAGAUUAAUCUGGUUCCCACUAAACCAAUCGAAGGCCAGAAAACUGGAACCAGUGGUCUCCGAAAGAAGGUGAAAGUUUUUCAGCAAGACAAUUAUCUUGCAAAUUGGAUCCAGGCGUUAUUUAAUUCAUUGCCUCCCGAGGAUUACAAGAAUGGGCUAUUGAUUUUGGGAGGUGAUGGUCGUUACUUCAAUCGUGAAGCUGCACAGAUUAUUAUCAAAAUUGCCGCAGGGAAUGGUGUUGGGAAAAUUUUGGUUGGCAAGGAAGGAAUUUUGUCAACGCCUGCAGUUUCUGCUGUAAUCCGAAAGAGGAAGGCCAAUGGGGGCUUUAUAAUGAGUGCAAGCCACAAUCCUGGUGGACCUGAUUAUGAUUGGGGUAUUAAGUUUAAUUACAGUAGUGGUCAACCUGCACCUGAGUCCAUAACCGAUAAGAUUUAUGGAAACACCCUUUCUAUCUCUGAAAUAAAGAUAGCAGAUAUUGCUGAUGUUGACCUAUCUACUCUUGGAGUUAUAAAGUAUGGAAACUUCAGUGUUGAAGUUGUAGAUCCUGUUUCUGACUAUUUGGAACUAUUGGAGAACGUGUUUGAUUUCCAGCUUAUCAAAAGUCUUCUACAAUUAGAAUUUAGGUUUCUAUUUGACGCAAUGCAUGCUGUUACUGGUGCUUAUGCAAAACCCAUCUUUGUGGAUAAGCUGGGAGCCAGUCCGGAUUCAAUUUCAAAUGGGGUGCCUCUGGAGGAUUUUGGUCAUGGUCAUCCAGAUCCUAAUCUUACAUAUGCCAAGGAUUUGGUGAACAUUCUGUAUAGUGAAAAUGGACCUGACUUUGGGGCAGCUAGUGAUGGGGAUGGUGAUAGAAACAUGAUUCUUGGUAGAGGCUUUUUCGUUACUCCUUCAGACUCUGUUGCAAUUAUUGCAGCCAAUGCACAAGAAGCUAUUCCAUACUUCCGGAGUGGCCCCAAGGGAUUAGCUCGAUCCAUGCCAACAAGUGGUGCACUUGAUCGUGUUGCUGAAAAAUUGAAUCUUCCUUUCUUUGAGGUUCCCACUGGUUGGAAGUUCUUUGGGAAUCUUAUGGAUGCUGGGAAGUUAUCCAUUUGUGGGGAAGAGAGUUUUGGAACAGGUUCUGAUCAUAUCCGUGAGAAGGAUGGCAUAUGGGCUGUUUUAGCUUGGCUUUCAAUCAUUGCAUAUAGAAACAAAGACAAAAAGCCUGGGGAGAAGUUGGUCUCUGUCUCAGACGUCGUGAAGGAACACUGGGCAACCUAUGGAAGAAAUUUCUUUUCUCGAUAUGACUAUGAAGAAUGCGAGUCUGCAGGCGCCAACAAAAUGGUAGAUUAUCUUAGAGAAUUGAUCUCUAGCAGCAUGCCCGGUGACAAGUAUGGAAAUUAUGUUCUCCAAUUUGCCGAUGACUUUACGUACACUGAUCCUGUUGAUGGAAGUGUGGUGUCAAAGCAAGGUGUUCGGUUUGUUUUUACAGAUGGAUCAAGGAUCAUAUAUCGCUUAUCAGGAACUGGUUCAGCAGGAGCAACUGUUCGAAUUUACAUCGAACAAUAUGAGCCAGAUGCCUCUAAACAUGAUGCGGAUGCCCAAACGGCUCUGAAGCCGUUAAUAGAUUUGGCGUUGUUCGUAUCGAAGCUGAAGGACUUCACUGGAAGGGAGAAGCCCACAGUCAUCACAUAAGCACCAAUAACACCAUGACUGGUUUCAUCUGCCAAAGUGUUACCCUAAGCUAUGCCCGAGGCAGUGAGUUUGGGGAACACAUUCCACAUGUUCAAUUUUGGUCUGCGGCGGGUAGUUCCAGAUUUCUGGAAAAAUAAGGCCUAAUUCUUGUAUAAUAUGGUGUUAUAUAUAUAUAUAUAUAUAUAUAUAUAUGAAUGUGAGAAUAAAGAUAUCGAUUCCUUGUUCAAGAGGUGAUGCCCUUUUCUUCUCGUUAUUGUUUUAAAAAGCACCUGAAUUGAAUAAUACUCAACUCGUAAACUGUA